UGCUUUGCUCUUCCUCUGCAAAAAGCCCAAAUAUCCCUUGCUCUCUCCGAGUCUCCUCCGCCUUGCUCUCUUUUUGGCCCUCUUCAUCCUCGCCACAUCAUUUGCUUUCUUUUUUCAUACUAUCAGUGCUGCUAGCUUUUGGUUCUUUGAAUUUGAAAGCCCAUAUGGAGCUUGUGCAUGAGCUCUUUCUGACCGUCUCUCUUGCUUUUAUCCUCUCUCUCCUCGUCGCUAAGCUGGUUUCCAUGGCUAUGGCUGCCGAGGCUGGCCUCCGCAACUCGCAGUUGAGAUCAAGCCGCGAUCAGGGUGAAGAGAUUGUUAUGGAGGAGAUACGAUUCGGAGAAGGAUUGACGGUUCCGGUCUCCGAAAGCGAGACGAAGCUCCAUGAAUUAUUCGAAGAAGAAGCUCCCGAAAAGGUCUAUGAAUUCGAAGGAGAAUCAGGUGAGGCCGAGGAUAUCGUGAGAACCAUGUAUCGCGGGGCUUGUCGGAAAUAUUACCAGAGGGUGGUUUGCAUGAAGAAACCGAUGUCGAGAAGUUCCCGGAGGAGUUAUCGGAGGAAAAUAUGGGAUUCUGAGACUCCAAAAAAGAAUUUAGAGAACAGAGUAGGCUUGGCAUCGGCAGCAGAGAAUGAAGUUGUUGCUGACUCUGAGGAAAUUAGAAGGGUUGUGCUUGCCCAGAGUGAAGACAAGGAGGUGAGUUUUGAUAGUGACGAAGAUGAUUGGGAGGGGAUUGAAAGGAGUGAAUUGGAGAAGGCUUUCGCGGAGGCUGCCAAGUUCGUUCUUGAGUUGUCAUCAGCGGGUAACGAGGACCGUUUGGCAAUGGCAGGUGUUGGGAGUGAUUUGCAGAUGAAGUUGUACGGACUUCACAAGAUUGCUACCGAAGGGCCUUGCCGCGACUCUCGGCCUAUGGCUCUCAAGCUCUCUGCCCGCGCCAAGUGGAAUUCUUGGCAAAGGCUGGGGCAAAUGAGUCCAGAGGUGGCAAUGGAACAGUAUAUCAAACUUCUCUCAGAUAGAGUUCCUGGCUGGAUGGAAGGCAAAUUUGCCGGGGACAUUAAACCUGAAUCCUCAGAAGCAGGAAUAUCCAGUUCUGUUGCUUUUGACUUGAGCACAUCUUCACAUCAUCAACCUAAUGAUUUUGAUGAAAGGAAACCAGAACAGAAGACCGGAACUGAGGGAGGUGAUAGUACUGCAGGCUCAUACUCUGAGUACAAGGCCAAAGAAUAACAGAAUUGGUCUGUUUAUUGCUCAACCCAACCAAAGGGGCCAUUCUCCUGGAUUUGCUUGACUAGGUACAGGACUGAUUCUUAUCUCUAAGUCUAGAAUAAGCUCCAAGUCUGAGAGGCUCUUGUGCUGUUUAGACUAUCAUAUGUGUGUCCUGAGAUCAUCAUGUUGUUAUAGUGUUAUAAAAACUAUUUAUGUAUGCAUUGUGCAUAUGGGUGUGAAUAUAUAUAAUUAUCUGGGGCUCCCCCAAAUUCUAAUUCA